GUUUUGCAUAGACAAAUAAUAUUUGAAAAAAGAAAAUGGGGUGCUUGGCGCUUUAAGUUAAAUCCAAAACUGAGUAAAAGCCUCGGCUUUUCUACGGUCACCUUCAAAACACAGGGAGGGACAAUCUCAAAAGAAAAUGGAAGAUUUGAUAACAAAUUUGAGUAAAAGCCUCGGCUCAUUCUGCAAUCACCUUCAAAGCAGCUGCGACGCUCUUAAGCAAUCCAUCGACCGCCGCCCCAUCCCUCUUGAUUCGGCUUCAUCGACGUUCGUCCAAUGCCUAAACCGCCGCGUUUCAACCGCCACUGCCGACCUCAACCUUCUCGAUUCCAUGUCCUUCGGCACCGUUUCCUUCGAGGAACUCUUAGGUCACUGUUAUCAAAUCUUCAACAAUAACCAAACUCAUCUUCUCCAUCUCGAAGAUCACCUCAAGCCUCUCGGUUAUCUCCCCCUUGAAAUUGAAAAUGAGGAAGAGGAAGAAGAGGUUUUGGAUUCAAAUGACAGAUGUUUCUCCGUCACAAAUUCAGCAAUUAAGAGCUUGGAUGAGGAUCCUUUACUUCUUGAUGAAUCAAUGAGUCUAAAGAAUUUCGGGCUCUCUGAUGUUUGUCUUGCCACUUUAGCAUCUCAAGCUAAUCAAAAGGUUGAUGACUCUGAUUUAUCCUUUGGAGAAAAUAUGUAUAAUGGAGAUAAAGCAAACAACAUCAAGGUUACAAAUAAGCCUGCUACGGACUCCAUAGAAGUAACUAAAGCAGAAGGGGAAAAGGACCCAAAUCAAGUUGAAGUUAAGAGGCCAAUAUUACAAGUAUCCGAGGAUGGUUAUGAAAGUCUUCCUUCGUAUAUGACUAGUUUAGCAUCGUGGGAGGAUCUGCUUGCAGCUGUGGAGAAGAUCAACUCAAGUUUGAACAAGAAAGAGAAAACAAAAGGUUAUAAUUACUUCUACCAAGAUGAAAUUGAAGCCCUGGGCUUAGGGCCUAAAGGGCGAGCUUACUUGCUGCUAUUGGUGCGCAUGAAUCAUCUUAUUGUGGAGACCAUUGAUGGGCGGAUUUCUUAUCGAGUGCUGUGAGCUAGAACCAACCUGAUGGGCGCAUGAACUAUACCGGUUUACCAUACUCUAAACUGGAUCAAAGUAGACACCACCAAAAGGCUAAUCUACCUUUUCUGCAACAUCAAAAUGAUUACACCAUCUAGAAACGAAACAUCUAGCUUUGCGUUCAAUUCAGAAACAUUCAAAAUUGUUGAAUUGAACUCGAAUUAUCAAAUGAAAAUGAACUAAUUCAUGACUCA